AAUCAAAACAGUUAAAAUUUGACAGCUCGGCAUCGUUCCGCUAAAGGUUUAUAAAAUGCAAUGGAAAAUGUUACUGUCACUGUUAAAAAUAAACUACAUUAUCUAGCCAACAUAUUUAGAGAUUGGGGCUACUUUUUAUCCGACUGUCGAGGAAUGCUAACCCGAGGAAAAGGUUCUUUUGUCAAGUUUUUCUAGUAGCUUUUAGCGGCUCUUCUCCGGCUAGCUGGUUAGCUCCCCCGGCUAACGAAAGUUGCUCCAUGGUGAUCUAUGGGCUGAACAUGACCAUAUAUAGACCGGCCACAGAGCUCCCUCGCCGGUGAAAUGUAAACGGUGACUCGCUCAGGAGGCUGACAAAGGGCAAGCAAAAACAAAACUCAGCUGGAAGGGAAAAAAGACACCCAGCGUGCUAGCUUCACCAUGUCAUCUGACCAGAUUAUUGCCAUCGUCAUGGAUGACAAAAUCUACGAGGUGAAUAAAAAGAAGCUGAUAGAGAAGAGCGACUAUUUCCGUGCACUGUACAGCUCUGGUAUGAGGGAGUCUACGGAGGACUCCGUGCAGCUGCAGGGGCUCAGCGUCCCCGGCCUGGAGCUGGUCCUGGAGUUCAUCAACACCUCCAAAGUCCAGGUUGUCAACGAGACUCUGGAGGACCUGAUUGAGACUGCCUCCUUUUUACAGGUCACCUCCAUCCUCAAGCUCCUGACCUCGGAGAUCCGGCUGGACAACUGCGUGGAGCUCUACAGCCUCUCUGAGGUUUAUGGCACUCACGAUCUGCGUAAUGCUUGCCUCAAAUACAUGAGCUGCUACUAUCAUCCCAUGCUGAGGCGGCCUGAGUUCAGCAGCCUCCCCUUUGCUGUUAGAGACCAGGUCAGGGAGAUGCGCAUGAAAGGCACCGCCACUUUGAUAGCCAUCGGAGACUUCACCUGUCUGUCCUUGGAUGUGCCUGAUCAGGAUGAACCCUGGUCCAUGCUGAGGUAUGGAGAGGUGGAGCAGCGCUGGAAACCACUUGCAAACAACCUGCCUCAAGAUAUGAUCAAUGUCAGGGGAUACGGCUCAGCUGUCCUCGAUAACUACCUGUUCAUAGUUGGUGGUUACAGGAUGACAAGUCAGGAGAUCUCUGCUGUGCACUGCUACAACCCCUGUCGGAACGAGUGGAACCAGGUGGCUCCGCUCAACCAGAAGAGGUCCAACUUCAAGUUGCUAGCAGUUCAAGGGAAGCUGUACGCUGUAGGAGGCCAGUGCCUGGGCACGGUGGAGUGCUACAGCCCGGAGCAGGACUGGUGGACAUGUGUGUCCUCAAUGCCCGACCCGCUGGCGGAGUUUUCCGCCUGUGAAUGCCAGGGUAUGAUCUACGUCAUGGGUGGAUACACUGCAAGAGAUAGGAACACAAAUGUCCUUCGCUACUGCCCCACCUCUGACACCUGGACAGUGUUUCGGUCCUGUUCAGCCCACAUCCGCAAGCAGCAGAUGCUCUCAGUGGAGGACACCAUCUACCUGGUUGGCGGCUACACCCACGAGCUGGAGCCGGGCCGAAGGCAGCGACGUCCCAGCCAAACAGAGGAUGUACUGACGGUGCAGUCCUACAACGUCACCACGGGGGAGUGGAUCCAGCUGAAGGAGAACACGUCCAAGUCGGGCCUGAACCUGACGUGCACGCUGCACAACGACGGCAUCUACAUCAUGAGCCGGGACGUCAGCCUGCCCACCAGCCUGGAGCACCGUGUCUUUCUUAAAUACAAUAUUUUCUCCGAUGCCUGGGAGGCCUUCAGGCGCUUCCCGGCUUUGGGACAGAACAUGCUGCUGUGUUCGCUUUACCUCCCCAACAUGCUAUGACUGACAGGGCUGAUGGGAAAGACUGCAGUGAACACUAAGAGAUAGUGGAGCCCCUGCAGCAUUAAUAUAAGUCAGUGUGUGGCUUGCUUGUUCUUGCACAGAAUGGGGCUCUGUGGCAUUGGUGGGAACAGUGUCUGGUUGCCAGGUUGAACACCUUGUGACCUCUGUGCCUCAAAAAUAAAAAGCACUACAUUGUACAUACUGCUGUGGAUGCAAAUACAAAUGCUACAAUGACAAGUAUGAAAGCGAUGAAGCGCCAUGGCCCGUAGGUCAACAGCAUCGUAACAGCUAACCCCAGUUUGUGCCUCUCAUGUAUUAGCAUUAAAUUUACAUUUAAAUCACAGUGGUAAUCACCUGUUUCUCUGAAAAUAAUUACUCUGCAGUGUUUGAAAAACCCACUUAUGGCUAUUCUGAAGGUAUUUUCAGAAUCCUCAGAUCCACCAUCACCAAUCCUCCACCAUCUGGAUGAAAAUUAUUUUGCAUACUGGACAAUGAUGAUGAAGAAAAUGAUUUUUAACCUGUUUUCCAAUUUACGACUCUUGUUUCCUACCCAGGUGCAUCAUUGUUUGGUUUGGGAAUAAAUUAAAAAAUCACACAGCAAGCUGAAUAUUCAAUCCAGAUGGUUAGAAGAGUCUUUUAGGAUUCUGAAAAUACCUUCAGAACAGUGGUAAGUGUUUAACAACCUUCUGGCUUUUUCAAACAUCGGUGGGUUAUUAUUUUUCAGAGUAACAGAUGGUUGCAACUGUGAACUGAACAUAGUAUUAAUACAUGAGAGGCACAAACUGGGGCUACAUAACAGCAUGCUUUUAAAUCUAUGGGCCACAAUAUUCCUGAUGUUUACACUCCAAAUACGGCAUUGGUGUACAUGUGUACAUGUUUAUCCAUAAUUCACUACGAACCUUAAAAUAUCUCAUAAACAAAACACAUUUCUUGUCUUUAUGUAAUGUACAUAGCAGAUAAUCAUGAGAAAUGGCUUUGGUUUUACACUGCCAGUUUUAUGGAAAUUAGAGGUUCCUUGAAAGUUAUUGUGUGGGAUGUGAAGUGGCUCAGAGGGAGCUUCAUGUGUUGUACGCACACUUGCACACUUGUCUUAUUUUCCAGAGAUACACAAAGCAAAGCUUAAAAGCGCAAUUCCAUGAAAUGAACGAUGCACAUGUGCCUUCUGCAACCUCAGUUAAUGGGAACUUGAUACAAAAAAAAAAAAAAAAAAAAGCACAAAAUGCAAAACUUUGUUACAUUGCCAGCAACUGACCAAAACUGCUGUGUUUAAUUUUCCUCUCUGCUAAAGCAGAUUUUGUUUUCAAAAAGUACUUCUCAGUUCCUUGAUUGAAUAAUGGGUGUGUGCAGAUUUGAAAAACAAGCCUCAAAGCAACAUUUGUUUCUUAAACUCUUGAGUUCUGAGUAAAUGCCGCACUUAAAACGUUUGAUUUGGUGGAUUUCAGCUUUUCUCUGCAUUACUUAUCUGUUUGACAGUUUGGAAAUUUAGGUGACAAUAAAGAUGAUGUUCAGGGGUCUGUUUUCACGUCC